CAGCUAAUUUCAGUGUUCAGCCACACUGCUAUCGACGUUGCGCGUGGAUCUGGAUAAUAUUGUUUCAUCUUGAUUCGGCAUUUAUUUUUCUUUUCGAUUUAGCAUUUCGUCAUUUUUUUUCUUAAAUUCAAUCAAACAAAUAUAUAAAUGUCCGAGAAACCGGUUGAAAGUAUAAAACAGGGAAGCGGUGACAAUGAACCAGAAGUAGUUUCGACUGGAACAGCACCGGUACAACCGACUGUAUCUCGAAUACUACCUGAACUUCAAACAAAGCAUCCAUUACAGAAUACAUGGGACCUAUGGUACUAUAAAAACGUAUCGAGUGUGUUCGAAGAAAAUCUAUUCAAUAUCACUUCGGUUGAUACCGUGGAAGAUUUCUGGGGCCUGUUCAAUCACAUUGAAUAUGCAAGCAAAUUGAAUUUGAAUUGUGCUUAUUAUUUUUUUAAAAAAGGUAUUCGUCCAAUGUGGGAAGAUCCGAUCAAUAAAAGUGGUGGACGUUGGUUGAUCAAUGUGAAAAAAGUCUACAACAAUACUGAUGAAUUUUGGCUUGAAUUGCUUUUAUGUCUUAUUGGCGAAGGAUUUGACGAAUAUAAUGAUUAUGUUUGCGGAGCUUUUGUAGUUAUAAAACGAUCACAGGAUCGUAUUGGUAUCUGGACCAAAGAGGCCAGCAAUCGUGAUGCUAACUUACACAUUGGAAAUGUAAUCAAGAAACGUACCAAAUGCAAUGGGCUGAUUAGUUUUGAACCACACGAUUCAUCAAAGACUAACUCCUAUCAACUUUGAAUUUUUUUUCUCUCUAUUGUAUCAUUUUUAUUUUCUUUCUUUCGAUGAUUGUUGUGUCAUAUGAUAUAAAUCCGGCUUAUUCAUCAAAUCAUCUCAUAUUAAU